CUAAAUUACUAUACUUUGUGAAUAAAAACUAAAACUAGUAAUACAGUAAAAUCCAGUGGAAUCCACAAAUUUUGACAUUUAUGUGAGAAUGUCAAGGAUCAGUGCUCCACUAUUCACAAUCAGCUCCGAAAAUAGUUCGCUGGUGUGUAUAAAACUACUGAAUUUAGUUAGUAUUUACUGAAUUUAGCAUUUUGGAUAAUAUUUUAUUUAGUAGAGAUGUGAUAGAACAACUUCAAUAGUGUUAGAAAUUCUAAGAAAGUAAAGGUUGUAAUCACACGAAAAACGUCAAUUUUAUUUGCCUUUUCUUUACUAGGCCUUAGAUGUAGAUAAAUGAAAAUAAAGCGUCUUUUAUUUUUUUCCCAAUUGUUUUCGUUUCUUAUUAGAAUUUUUUCUUUGGCUUAUGAUCACUCCUUUGUGUGGACGAAUUGGAUGUGAUUUGGAACAUAUAUUAUAUUUUCAAUCUUGUUAUAUCAGCACGGUUACACAUUGGUUUGCCUAAAAUUUAACCUCGCAAUACUAAAAUGCAACAAAAAAGUGAAUUACACCUCAACCAAAGGCGGUAAGGGACACACACCAGAAUUGCAGAAUGGGAAACACACUAAAACAAAUUGCGGAGAUACAAAGAAACACAGUCGGCGUUUCCUGGGUGCUGUUUUAUUUUUCGAAUCCUAAAACCAACAGAGUUGCGUGUCUUAAUAGUGCUUAAUCUUCAUCAUUGGUAGAUGCAGACACAGAUUUGGGAAUCUUCUGCAGGCAGGGUUUCUUUCGAGGGGCUUCAUUACCGGCCACAGGCUCAUCUUCAGGACCAAUAUGAAAUUAGCCCUUUUGUAUGCAGGCUUCGUGAAGAUACUGAAAAGUAUGAUAAGCAAACAGGGGCAUCAUUCGUUUUCCCUUCAUCCAGAGGGUUUUGCAGCAGCCAUUCUAUACUUGAUCACCUCUUUCCCAUCAACAAUGAGCCAUCAAUUCCAACAUCUGAAAGCGCUGAUACCACCCCUACUCCUGCCACAACUGUUGUUCCCACGCCCACAGAGAGAGAUGGGUCAUUCCUUAGAGGACCAAAGGAACAGGCAGAGAUCGAGUUCAUGCAAAGUUUGCAUAUGAAGAGCACUAUAUCGGCAUUGAGAAGAAGAAAAAUACAUCAUCAGAUUCAAGGUAAUUGA